AUGCAGUAAAGGACAUCAUCUAACUAAAAGAUCUUUAAUAACUAAUACUAAAUAAUCAAAAAGCUAUCUUCAGGUUCUUUUGGAGUAGUUUUUUUGGGAGUUGACCUCUUAACUAAAUAAGAGGUGGCUAUUAAGGUUGAAAAAGAAGAAAAUGAAGAAGUGCGUUCAUUAGAAAGGGAAGUUUAAAUACUUAAGAAAUUGGACGGUGCUGAAGGGUUCCCAAAAUAUUUUUGGUCAGGUGAAGAUCAAGGCUACAACAUUCUGGUUAUUUAAUUGUUGGGGAAGGAUUUGUCCUAUCAUUUUAAGCAAUUAAAAAAAUUCUCUCUCAAAACUGUCCUCACUAUAGGGAUUCAAGCAGUAUAGAUUUUGGAGAGAUCUCAUUAAAAAGGUGUCAUUCACAGAGAUUUGAAACCUGAAAAUAUGAUAUUAGGAAUUGGGAGAGAGAUCUCAAAGUUAUAUUUAAUAGACUUCGGAAUAAGUAAAAUAUAUCGAGAUUCAAAUGGGAAACACAUAUCGUUCAAAGAUCAAAAAUCUUUCUUAGGUACGACUCGAUAUGCGUCGAUAGCGGCACAUUUAGGACAUGAACUGGGUCGCAAGGACGAUUUAGAAUCCUUAAUGUAUAUUCUCUUGUAUUUUUUAAGAGGGUAAUAGUUACCUUGGUAAAAUAUGGUUAAUGUGACUGAUGAAGAACGAACAAAGAAAGUGGGAGAGAUGAAACUAUCGAUGGAACGUGAAGUUUUUAAAGAUUAGCCGGGUGAGCUACAACGCAAUUUUGAUUAUAUAAGAAAACUUUAAUUUAAAUAGGAACCAAAUUACAAAAUGAUAGUAUAAGAAUUUAGAAGAGCAGCUGAAUCUUCAAAUAUAUCAAUUGAUGGCAAUUUUGAUUGGACAGAAAUUAAAUAAUCCACACAUUAUUAGACAGACUCUAAUCAAAAUUAAAGCAGAAACAACAUACCUACGAAUUCUAAUGAAAUGAAAAAAUCUAUUGAAAAACAACUCUCAGUUAUUUAACAUAGCUCUAAUAAUUUAUUGGCUCCUCCUCCUUUAGGUUCUGCUCGAGGAACCUUCUAAAGAGAUGACAUCAGAAAGAACUCCAGUCUUACUCAAUAAAGCAGUAUUAAUUAUUGCUAAUCUCUCAAUCCAAAUUACUAAAAAUCUAUCUGUGAGGAACCUCUUUAAGAGGAUAAUCGUUAUUAUGAUUUUGAUAGUGUUGAAAUAAGCGAAAAUUAUAAGGCAGACUCUAGUUUGUACAACAAAUAUCAUAAAAUUAAACUGGGAAUUUUUGUACAUUUUCUCCCAAAACAAAUCAAACUUAAAUGA